AUGCUCGAUCACCACAGUGUCCGCGUUUCAUACUGGAAGGCUUGGCGUGCACGUGAACUAGCUAUGGACAGCGCAAAGGGCUCUACGGCAGCAAGCUAUGGUCUGCUUCCAGCGUACUUACACUUACUAAAUGUGUCAAACCCGGGAACAAUAACGUCGAUCGAGACGGAGGUGGACGAGGCAAAGCAAAACAGAUUCAAGUUCUGUUUCGCUGUGUUCGGGGGUACUGUUCGCAGAUUGCAUUUUAUGAGGAAGGUUAUGGUCAUAGACAGCACCCACCUACGGGAAAGAUACUCAUGCUGCCUCCUUACGGCUAGUGCCCAAAAAGGGAACUUCCAGAUAUAUUCAAUCGCCUUUGCCAUUGUCGACAGUGAGAAUGAUAGAGCGUGGGAGUGGUUUUUCGGGCGGUUGAAGCAGGUAGUACCAGAUGAGGAGUCUCUGACGUUCGUGUCAGAACGUCAUUCUUCAAUUUACGCAGGCUUGGGAAAGAUGUACCCGAAAUCAAGCCACAGUGCGUGCAUUGUGCAUUUGCAGAGGAAUGUCGCUGCCAAGUUUAAGCUCAGGGUUCUGGGACCAAUGAUUUCAAAAGCUGCACGGGCCUACAGAAAAUCUGCGUUUUACGAUGCCUUCACUGAAAUAGAACUCGUCUCUCCUGGCUGCGCUGAAUACUUGAGAUCCAUUGGGUUUCAUCACUGGACAUGUUCUCACUGUUACGGUGACCGCUACAACAUCAUGACUAGCAACGUGACGGAGUCGCUAAUUAAUGCGGUCCUGAAGGAGGCACGAGAGCACUUUGAAGUACAUACAAAGCACUUUGAAGGCUUGGUUCACGAAGCGCCGAGAUAG